AGGCCAGCCCAGGCCGCGGCGGAGUUACGCGGUGCGGCGGGUGGAGCCGGGAAGGGGCGGUGGCGAAGGAAGAUGGCGGGAUGCGGGUCCGGGUUGUGCUGCUGCUGCUGCCCGCGCUGCUGCGGCGAGCGGGAGAGCCGCACCCCCGAGGAGCUGACAAUCCUAGGGGAAACUCGUGAAGAGGAGGAUGAGAUCCUUCCACGCAAGGACUAUGAGAGCUUGGAUUAUGAUCGUUGUAUCAAUGACCCAUACUUGGAAGUUUUGGAGACCAUGGAUAACAAGAAAGCCCAGAGAUACGAAGCAGUGAAGUGGGUGAUGGUUUUUGCUAUUGGAGUCUGCACAGGACUGGUGGGUCUUUUCGUGGAUUUCUUUGUACGGCUCUUUACCCAGCUCAAGUUCCAGGUGGUACAAAGCUCGGUGGAAGAAUGCACUGAGAAAGGCUGUCUUGCAUUGUCCUUGCUGGAGCUGCUGGGGUUCAACCUGACCUUCGUUUUUCUUGCCAGCCUUCUGGUUCUGAUCCAACCUGUAGCAGCUGGAUCAGGAAUUCCUGAAAUCAAGUGCUACCUCAAUGGGGUAAAGGUUCCAGGGGUUGUGCGUCUCCGGACAGUGGUGUGCAAAGCUAUGGGAGUGCUCUUCAGCGUGGCAGGAGGUCUUUUUGUCGGGAAGGAGGGUCCAAUGAUUCACAGUGGUGCUGUUGUGGGUGCGGGUUUGCCACAGUUCCAGAGCAUCUCUUUGAGGAAGAUCCAGUUUAACUUCCCUUAUUUCCGCAGUGACAGGGAUAAAAGGGAUUUUGUAUCUGCGGGAGCUGCUGCAGGGGUUGCUGCUGCCUUUGGAGCACCAAUUGGGGGCACUCUUUUCAGCUUGGAAGAAGGUUCUUCUUUCUGGAACCAGGGACUUACAUGGAAAGUGCUUUUCUGUUCCAUGGCUGCCACCUUCACCCUGAAUUUUUUCCGCUCUGGGAUUCAGUUUGGAAGUUGGGGGUCUUUCCAGCUCCCUGGGCUGCUGAACUUUGGGGAGUUUAAGUGCUCUGAGUCUGAUAAGAAAUGCCACCUGUGGACAGCUGUGGACUUGGGCUUCUUCAUUCUGAUGGGGAUUGUAGGAGGCCUUCUUGGUGCCACCUUCAACUGCCUGAACAAGAGACUUGCCAAGUACCGCAUGCGGAAUGUGCAUCCCAAGCCAAAGCUGGUCAGAGUCUUGGAGAGCCUGCUGGUGUCAUUGACUACCACAGUCGUGGUCUUCGUAGCCUCCAUGGUUCUGGGGGAAUGCCGGCAGAUGUCUUCCACUGGUCACAGUGGCAAUGACACUCUGAACCUGCAGGGUAUGUCAGAGGAUGUGAAUUCAAGCAUUAAAACUUUUUUCUGCCCAAAUGAAACCUACAAUGACAUGGCCACACUCUUCUUUAACCCUCAGGAGUCAGCUAUCUUGCAGCUCUUCCACCAGGAUGGUACUUUCAGCCCAGUCACACUGUCCUUGUUCUUCCUUCUCUAUUUCUCACUCUCCUGUUGGACAUAUGGGAUCUCUGUGCCCAGUGGUCUUUUUGUGCCAUCACUGCUUUGUGGGGCUGCCUUCGGACGCCUGGUCGCCAACCUCCUCAAAAGCUACAUUGGCCUGGAUCACAUCUACUCGGGAACUUUUGCACUGAUUGGGGCAGCAGCAUUCCUGGGAGGAGUGGUCCGCAUGACUAUCAGCCUGACUGUCAUCCUAAUUGAAUCCACCAAUGAGAUCACCUAUGGGCUCCCCAUAAUGAUCACCCUCAUGGUAGCCAAAUGGACUGGAGACUUUUUCAACAAAGGCAUUUAUGACAUCCAUGUGAACUUGCGAGGAGUGCCUCUGCUGGAGUGGGAAACCGAGGUGGAAAUGGAUAAACUACGAGCCAGUGACAUCAUGGAACCCAACUUGACCUAUGUCUACCCACACACCAGGAUCCAGUCCCUUGUCAGCAUCCUGCGCACAACUGUCCAUCAUGCCUUCCCUGUAGUGACUGAGAACCGGGGCAACGAGAGGGAGUUCAUGAAGGGAAAUCAACUGAUAAGUAAUAACAUCAAAUUCAAGAAAUCCAGCAUCCUCACCCGAGCCGGAGAGCAGCGCAAGCGCAGCCAGUCCAUGAAGUCCUACCCCUCGAGUGAGCUGCGUAAUAUGUGCGAUGAGCACAUAGCGACGGAGGAGCCACCAGAAAAGGAGGAUCUGCUGCAGCAGAUGCUAGAGAGAAGAUACACUCCCUACCCCAACCUGUACCCUGACCAGUCUCCCAGUGAAGAGUGGACCAUGGAGGAGCGCUUCAGACCGUUGACCUUCCAUGGCUUGAUCUUGCGCUCACAGCUGGUCACGCUCCUUGUCAGGGGGGUUUGUUACUCCGAGAGCCAGUCGAGUGCAAGUCAGCCUCGUCUGUCCCAUGCAGAGAUGUCUGAGGAUUAUCCCCGUUAUCCAGAUAUCCAUGACUUGGACCUCACAUUGCUGAACCCUCGCAUGAUAGUGGAUGUCACCCCAUACAUGAACCCAUCACCCUUUGCUGUCUCUCCAAAUACACAUGUGUCACAAGUCUUCAACCUGUUUAGGACAAUGGGACUCAGACAUUUACCGGUUGUGAAUGCAGUUGGAGAGAUUGUUGGGAUAAUCACUCGGCACAACCUGACCCACGAAUUUCUGCAGGCAAGACUGAGACAACACUAUCAGAGCAUUUGAUGCCCCUGCCCACCCUGCCCCACUGUCGGUGGCUACCUCCCUCUUCCAAGCCUGCACACGCGCUCGCAUUCCGCUUGGACCCCUCAAGGCCCAAGACUUGCCGUUUGGCUUCUCACAUGCAUAUCAAGCCUGGGGAGCUGGAAAACACCUUGCUAGCCAGAGAAUUAGAGGAGCUGCCUGGGCCCAGAGCUAUUGGUUGGUCUCAGGCACUUGGUUUGACCACUUUUGAUCCAGUUUUUUUCUUUUCCUGUGCCCCAGUUAUCUCCUUUCGUCAACUGUCCUGACACUGUAUGUUCUGCUAUUUUGGUUUUUGGGUUUUUCUUUGAAGGGUUGGAAAAAGAAUCCUCUAUCUCCACUAUGUCCUAUGCAGGAAACUUCAGCAUCUUUUCCCUGUCUUCCUGUAUGUGUCAUUUUAACUCUUCCUCCCUUGUUCCUGCAACUGUUGCCUUAUUUGUCUGAGAAGGGAGUCACUGUCAGGGCUGAGAGAGGAGAUAUUGAAGUUUGCAGUUAUCAAAUAGCUGCUCUGGAGGAUGCCUUUUCUCAGAAGCAGUAUUAUAAAAUCCAGCUCUGGAAGUACACCUCUUUGCAGGUGUUCCCAGUUGUCCGUCUUUUUCCACUCUGGCUUCAUUUGUUCCUAAUUUCCCUCCUUCUGUCAUAGGGAAAUGUCCCUGCUGUGUUGUUUUUGACAGCAGCUGGCUUUUGAGAGCAGCUCAGCAAAUCAGGAGUUCAGUUCAAUUCCAGUUACUGUUUGAGAUUAUAAAUAUUUAAUACAUUUGCAGAGCAUCUCAGAGAAGGGAGAUCUCUUUCCCUCUUAGCUAUUGUUAUUAUCUCCCUGUAAGAGACUCUUCUAAGGCACUUUAUGGCACUUCACUUUGUCACUAACCUGACACUCCUGCAUUUCUUGGCAUUUGUAGGCACUUUGUCCUUGUACUGAUCCAACGAUGAGAGCCUGGGACACCUUUCUAGCUAGGGUUAGAGACCAGGGAACCUACAUCUUCAGAGCAUGAUGAGGUGUUGCUUUCUGGAGGCUAAUAGAACUGUUGCCCUGUCUCUGGGCUCAGUUGAAUUCUCUCUGUUGAGACGAGAGCCAGUAUAACUUAAAGCUGCCAUACAGGAGGGAUACUUAGUGACUAACAGGCAGGAUUUGCUGCAGGGUGAUAAGUGGGGCUGUCUGUGCUCUAAAAAUGCUUGGGAUAAUGCUUGCAAUAGCAACAGCCACAUAUCUAGAAGGGUAAAAUCAGCACUUAGAAGCCAGUUGCAGCCAGUUCAGUGCUUUAGCAGGUACCAUCCUGGCCAGCACCUGUAUUGUUCCAGCAGGCACCUGCCCUCCUGAGUUUUGCAUCGAGAUAACCCUCAGUGGGAAGCCAGCACUGUGCCUCCAGGGGCUGCAGAGCUGAUUGGCUUGAUAAAGCACAGAGCAUUCUCUCAGCCAAGAGACUGGGCCAAGUAUCAUGGGGAAUGUAUCCCAGAAAAGCUUCUACACAGCCUCUGAGCACUCCAGUUAACCUGUUGUCUGCCAUAGAUGGGAGCUGUGGCAGAGGGAAUCAGACAUUAUUGUAUUCUCUGAAUUCAGAAACUCAUCGGUAGUGAAGUUUUUCCUGACUAAGCCUGAAGAAGUUGUGCUCUUUUCCUACGGGUAUCAAAACACUAAAUCUGUUAAAACAGCCUCAUUGACUGACUUUGUGGAAGCUGAUUGUUCCAGGGCACUGCUCUGCAAGCUGUUGCCUGCUGAGCCCUGCUACAGAUAGGCUUCUGAGGAGGUUUUGUUCUCGGGUCACCAGGUCUUGAGGUAGAGCUCUCGAAGUCUCUGGCACUCUUAGAUGUUCAUGGAGUCUUUGCAGUCUGGAUGGUUGGUAGAUGUAUUCUGUGGCUGUGCUUGCAGUGAAGACAACUGAAUCAUGGGAAACUCUGGAAUUUUGGCCAACAGAUAAGAGAAAACUUGUUUUUUAAAGUGGUUCCUGGGGCCAAGUUUUAGUGUAGAAUUUGUCCUUACGCAGUGCAUGGCUUAGCUGGAAAGUUUGGUUUUAGCACAGCUGUUUGUAAGCACUUAGAUUCUAAUUUUUAUUCCUCUCUGUUGACAUCUGGAGGCCUUUUUUCCACUUGGUGUUGUCUCAAACCUGCUGCUGUAUUAGGAGAUGAAGGGCACAUCUUUUGUUUUCAAGAAUGCAUUUAUACCAUUUCCACCAAGGGAAGUGAGCUGUGGUACAUGCAGUGGCAGUUGUGGCAGAGGAAGCUGUGUGUGUCUGAGGACCCUUUGUUAACUAUGGCCACUGAAGAGGGCUGCUUGGGAAGUGACCUAUCCAAAGAGCAGGGAAUGUUUGUUCUUUUCCCUUUCCUGCUGUAGAACUUGCAGCAGCAGCUCUUGUCUCCCCCACUGAAAUAGCUUCGGAGGCUUGUGAAUAUCCUAGCUCUAUUUCAAAGGAGGCAUGCAAGCUCUUCAGCUUCCACAAGUAAAGUGAAGGUGUUUUCCUACAGCCACUAUCCAUCUUGUGCCUUCAACCUGGGCUCCUUAGCUGGGACAGGUGGGGCAUGUUCCUUACAGCAGAUCAGUUGGCAUCAGCUACUGCUCUUUCUUGGCUUGCAAGUUCUUUCCCUGUAAGUAGAGUAAGGAUGUUUGUUCUCUCCAGAUAGUCUCUGCUGAUGAUUUCCUGAUUUACCAAUGUUCCCUGAGUUCUGGUCUUGUAGUGAGCUAUCCCAAGAGACUUCCAGCAUCCUUUAGUACUCUCUGGAGCUGGGCUGUAGGUUUGAAAUACGCUUCUAUUAACCUACCUUUCAUUUGAAGGAUUUGUGCUCAUGGGCAGUUACAAAUCGCAGAACUCCUGUUUUGAUGGGAUUUCAGCUCACACUAAUGUGCUUGGGUGCUAUAGGAUUGCUGAAUCCACAUGUUCAGAAUGCCCCGUGUCUCUCAGUGACAGAUCUCUUUCCUCUUGCUCAUGAUGAGCGAUUGUGUGUGGAAGGUUUCUCCUCUUCAUGCACAUCAAUAGGGCUCCUUAGGUGGUUUGCCUUGGGCUGGUCAUGUCCUGUUUUAUUUGUGUACACAAGCUGCAGCAGUAUAUUUUGCUGGGAUGUCUUGUCGUCACUACUGAGGCCUGGAGUCAGGCAAUCCAGACAAGACAGGCUGAAAAACCUUGUCAAGGUUUGUCUGAGCACCAGCUGCACUUCCCCAGGAGAAGGCCACUUGCUUUCAGCCUGCUGUCAGCACUGUCUUCUCUGUGCAUCUGUCUGACCCAAAUGUUCCAGCUGGAAAGCACACCCUGUUCAUUCCUUCCCUAAAGAAGUUUUAAAUGAGGGUGGUGGGUGACCUUGUCAGUUGCUUUAAAGGGAAAACUGAGUGUGCAGUCAGUGUUCUGUAGCUUGCAGAAAGGGAAUUACAAGUUCAUCUGACGUUUGGAGAUGCAGCGUUUCCCUUCUGCUAAGGACUGGUGCAAAGUGGCUCCCGUUGAAUCAGUCUUGUUCUCACACUUUGCUCUCUUAGCUCCUUUCUUAAAACACAUUCACUGCUUCUACCCUGGCUCUGGUUGCUUAGUGAUGUACAAGAAACUUACUUCUAAUGUUAGGUGCCUGUAACCCUUUACUCAGAGCAACACUAAAGGAAUCGUACAAAUAACUGGAUUAGUAUUGAUGGCAGAAGUUAGGGGAUACUAUGGGGCAUUCUCUGCUGCCCCAUGGUUUCCUGUGCAGUGUUAACUGAUGCGGUUUUGACUUGUUGACUUACUGUGAGCCAUUCCAAUGGUAGCAACUUUCCAUUUGGUUUUGGGGUUGUUUUUUUGCACUGUUUUUUGUUAUGAAAUGAUGUAAGCUAAUUCCUUGGUGUAUAUAAAUGGUAUUUUUUUUUAAAUUUGUAUGAAUAUAUUUUUAUUUGAACUAUGGCACUUGGGAAGUAUUCAUGUAACCAUAACGUGUCUGAGAGUAAAACAUUUGUGUGUCUCCUUCAGCACUUUCAAGGCCUUUUGAUGUUUCUAGCGGUGUUUUAUUUUUGCCCUUUAUUCUAAUAAAACUAGUAGAACAUGGCAAUAUCCAAGAACA